AGAUCUAUAAGUAUAAACACACACACACAAAAAAAAAAUGUUGGAAUCAAACUACUUUGGGGUCCAAAAAAGCAAAAUUGUAAUAAGCAAUGUUGGGAUCCAAAUGGGCUCACUAAAUUCCCGCCAAACGUCAUUGCUUGAUUGUCUCUCAAUUUCACAAUGCCCUAACAAAACAAAAAAAAACUCUUCACAUUCCACUGCUCUGUUCUUCUUCUGGACAAGAAGCAAGGUUUUGGUACCAUCUUCGUCAUUAUUUACCAAAGUGGAUUCCGAAAGUGUGAGAAGAAUGUUUACUGAUGCGGAACAUGAUUUUGAGGAGAAUGUAGGUGUUGUGGACAAGACAAAUGAAGAAGAUAGUGACUUUUAUAAUUAUCAUUCUGAAGAGCUUAAGACACCAAUAAGCUCCUCGGAUGAUGAAGAAGAAGAAGGAAGCAAGAAACCUGUGUACCCUAAAUUCGAUGAAUCGGCAAAGUUUGGUUAUGUAAGUCUUGAGCUUGGGAUGUUGUUCACUAACCUAUCAAUUUUUAAGACAGCUGUGAAGGAUUACAAUAUCCAUUUAAGAAGGGAGAUCAAAUGGGUCAAGAAUGACAAGAAUAGAGCUAGGGCAAAAUGCAAGCAACAAGAAUGCUGCAAGUGGGAGAUCUUUUGUAGCUGGAGUGAGUUCUAUCAAAGUUUUCAAAUCAAGACUUUUGUUUCGAAACACACUUGCUGUAAAGAAGGGUUUAAAAAUAAACAAGCUAACAGGAAAUGGGUUGUUAACAAACUUGAGGACAAGAUGAGAACCGAACCUAGCCUUAGUCGCUGUGAAGCACAUGACUAUCUAAAGCGCGAGUUUGGGGUGGAUGUAGCUGAUUCGAAGAUUUCUAGAGCUAUGAAACGGGCUAGGGAAUUGGUUGAAGCAUGUGAAGACGUGCUACAACCUGCUCCACUUUCAAUGAUACUGGCUAGUGAAUCGGUUGAAGCGAGUGAAGACGUGCCGCUAUCUGAUCCACCUGCAAAUGGACUGGCUUCCGCGAGUGUUGGGGAUAAUGUAGCUGCAACUCCCUCGGAUAAAUAGAACCUGCAAGGCUGUGACAACAUUGGUUAAGGGUUUGAGAUUCUAUUUUCUGAAAUUAAGGGUGUAAGUGCACACAAUAGGAGCAACUUUUUGGAUUUUAUUUUCUGAUUUUUAUUGUGUGAAUGCACAUAGUAGGUGCCAACUUUUUGAGAUUUUAUUUCCAAAUACUCACAAUGUAAAUGCGGUGCAAAUUUUUUGGAUUCUAAAAUGGUUGUCCUAUGAAUCAAUACAAUCUUGGUAUGGUAGAUUCUA